AGAGAGAGAGCGGGGAGAGAGCAGACGCAAGACGUAAAGCUUGACAUCAUUUCUCCUCAGUGCAAUACGGAUUUCUGCGUGUUAGUCACCCACACUCGAGCUCAGAACAAGGUGGAACAUGGAGCUUUGGCAGCAGCAAGUGGUUCUUUGAGACGAAUGCAGAAUGAAAUAUGAGCAGAGCUCAUAUUGAGCUGUACAGACAGGAAGUGAAGCUUCACUGCCUCCGACUCAUUUCCUUCACUAUACAGAGAAACAGCAUGUCUGUCUGUUUUUAGCAUGUUCCACUAUGAGUCCUUGUGCAAAAUCAUGACAGAAUGGACAGAUAGAACAAGGCCAUAAUGGACAAUCACAGAUUGAAAAUCCUGUCAUUUUCCACCUCAGAGGCCAUUUUGUUUUGUAAAGCAACUCAUCGUAGACCAUAAAAGCCACAAUCCAUUUGGCAGGAAAAAGCCACGCCAGAAGUGAAUUCCUGUUACUGCGGUGGUUUCUUUAAAUCUUUUCCUCUGGAAAAUUCACCCAGAAGUUUAGUCUGCCUUAACCAUGAUAUUGAGGAGAAAACUGUACUUAGGCACUGUGCUAGGCACUAUUUUGUUUUUAUUGAUAGCUGCUUACCUUCUUCAGAAGGCCAACGUGGUGCUCAUCUCGUAUUUACUCGCUCAUCACAAUGUCAAGAUACUAAUGAAGAACCAGACACGAUUACACACAGUCACAGAGCCAGGACGAGGUAUUUCCUGUAGGUGUCCGUCCUGUGUAGCAGACACGGGUGCGUCGAAGUGGUUUGAUCAGCGCUAUGAUAAGAAACAGCAACCUUACCUCACUGGCAGAAAUGAAGACAUAGAUGCGCCUUCGCUGAAGUGGUGGCUGUCUUUGCAGGCAUCUAAUGGAACGAUCAAGGAUGUCAUCAAGAAGAUGUUUAAGGUCAUUUCCCCUCCAACUGAGGAUAAAACACCACGGCAGAACCUGUGCCGGAAGUGUGCAGUUGUAGGAAACUCAGGGAAUCUGUUGAAGUCCAAAUAUGGAGCCUUGAUAGAUUCCCAUCCAGUUGUUAUCAGAAUGAAUAAGGCUGUAACUGUGGGUUUUGAAAAGGAUGUUGGUAACCGAACCACCCACCACUUCAUGUACCCAGAGAGUGCGAGCGAUCUGAAACCUGGUGUUCAUCUCGUCCUUCUUCCCUUUAAACUGAAGGACUUGCAGUGGUUGUCCAGCGCCCUUUCCACAGGAGAGAUCAGAAUGACAUACAUGAGAGUAAAAAAUCGAGUGAAAGCUGAUAAAGACAAGGUGAUGGUUGUAAACCCAGCCUUCUUUUGGUACACACAUGACAAGUGGACAGAGCGUCAUGGAAGGUAUCCGUCCACCGGGAUAGUAGCCAUUAUAUUUGCUUUGCAUCUCUGUGACGAGGUGUCAGUGUUUGGAUACGGGGCGGACAAGCAAGGAAACUGGCACCACUAUUGGGAAAACAACAGAUACGCCGGUGCCUUUCGAAAAACGGGCGUCCACAACGCAGACUUUGAGACCGAGAUCAUUCAGAAGCUUGACAAAAACCGCAAAAUCAAACUCUACACAUGAGCCUGUAAUUGUGGCCUUCAUUGACUUAGCUCACAGCCAUGCAAACGCAGGGCAAGGACGUGCAGCAGACGUACGGAUGCCAAAGAGACGCAGAUCUGAGAUCCACCCUACCAUUAAUUGACCACUGUGAACUGCACUGAACCAAACCCACAGACAUCAAGCUGUAGUCCUAAGACCAAACGAACUCUUUCUGUUCUCUCACAGCAUUUUACUUGCUACGUGCCUAAAGAAAAAGACAGAUGUUGCCUUAUCUCCGGGCAUUGAAACUUUAAAGACAAACAGUAAGCAAAACGGCUUGAUCUGAGCCUUUUCUCAACUGUUCUAACUUGCCUCAUGCGGUGUCUGCACUGCAAAUUUGCAACUAGUUGUACAAUCAACAAUGGUGCCCACACUGCAAGAAAGAUGUUGAUCAUCAGCACCACUCACUUGCAGGCAGUUUUCAGGGCAUUUAAGCCUUAAAGUCAACAUGAAGCAGCAUUUGCAACCCACCUUUUUUUUAGUGCAACAUAAUAUUAGAUGAGAAAGGGGCGGGGCUUGAUAUUAUCCAUUGGUAAUUGAUUGGCUCAUGAAAAGUGUUAAAUACCACAGUGGACCGUCAACUGAAAAGGUGUUUCACAGAGGCAGAGCUAGUUGUUAAAUUUUAAAAAAGAUUAUGAAGACAUAGCACGUGAUAAUCACAAUGAGACCAGAAUUAAAGGGAUAGUUCACCCAAAAAUAACUACCUUUUUUCGUUUGCGACACAGAUGAUAUUAUUUUGGGGUUCAAACAACAUUGGACACCAUUGACUUUCAUUUAAUCAGCAAAAAAGUUUUACGUUUUAAAUAUAUUUUUAAAGAGGGUGAGAAACCGAUGAUCUUAAUUUUAUUUUCGGGUGAACUAAAGUACAUGAGGUCAGUUUAAAUUUCAUGUUGACUUUUAACUUCAACCUACAGUGCAUUAAAGCUUUUUAGAAUUAUAUGUUUGUGGAUUUUACACUCUUAAAAAUGCUGGGUUAAAAACAAACAUUUCAGCUUUGGCGCUGGAUGAUUAUUGGACACAUGCUAUUUAGACCUAUCUUGUUGGGUUUUUUUUACAUAAGUUUUGACAUAGUGCUGGGUCAGUCAACCUAUUUUAUUAAUCUGUUCUAAAAUUAAAAAUUAACUCUAAAAUCACUAUUUGGUCAGUUACCCGGAUGCACGGCCAUGGAUUGCGCAGAUUGGAUUACUGCUGUAUAUGUGGUUCUGAUCAUUUAUGCUGUCUAAACCAUGGAAAAAAUGUGUGGAAGCUGUUAAAUAAUAUGGAGAAGGACUUAGUAAGCAGGAAAGGGUGCAAUAUUUUGACAAACUAAAGUUAAUGGGUGGUAAAGAUAUAUACAAGGAGUAUUAAUCAAGAUAUUAACCUAAUAUUUCACAUAUUAGGAAUGUUGUCAAGAUUCUUGACAUGGAAAUCCUGGUUCAGUAUGGCCAAUCACAAAUGCCUUUAGUUCGUCAGACAAUUUUUUUGCACUUGUUUUUUGAUUUGUUAUAACUUUUGACAGUCUAUAGUACUCCAAAUGUUUUUCCAGGUCCGACUGAUUAGUACAGCCCAAAACAUGACAAUAAUUGACCAUUUUCAGUAGCAAUAAUCAGCAAAAUAUUAGAGCUUCCUUCAGUUCAGUGGCACUGUUUACAUGGCUGACUGUUGUGAAAACACUAUUGAAUGUUUUUCAUUUUAAAUUUGUUUUUCAUUUAUAUAUAUAUAUAUAUAUAUAUAUAUAUACAUACAUACAUACAUACAUACACACACACAUAUAUAUAUAUAUAUAUAUAUAUAUAUAUAUAUAUAUAAAAGGUUUUAGGACAUGACAGGAGCAGCAAGCGAGUAGCUAAUAAGAAUCUGUGGGUUAUCAGUAAGCUAUUCCACUUUAUUAAAUGACUUGUAUUCAUGUUUGAAAAACUACAUAAGACAAAUAAGACAAAAAGUGUCAAAAACAGCUUUACCUCAUGCCAAAUUUUCUGUCAACUUCUGUUUAAGUUUCAGCCCGUCAAACGUAUAGCGUGACCACAGCAACACUAUCAGUAGGGCCCCUGUUGUAGUCAAACACAGAAAACACGGAAACGUGUUUUAAAAUCGUGUUUUAGCCCUGGUCGCGCAUUCGUUUGGCGGGAGGUAAAACUUCCAUUGUGGCGCCGGCACAUCGUUCGCUUUGAAUCGGUGAAUGCUGCGUUUGUAGAAGGCUGGCGUUCCAAGCAGACGUUAGCUAUGACAUGAAAGGUAAUAUGGGAGACUUCAGACGUUUUCUAUUUAUACAGUAAUAAUUUGAUAGGAAUACAAUGUAAUACAUACCUUCACUUCAUUCAGGAAGUUUCCCGUCAGUCAGUUUUCUUUCAGGACAGAACACAAAAUGACUUCCCAACAUUGGGUUACACGGACCCAGCGCUGGGUAGGUUUCAUCAGAAGAGUUACAGAAAAACUACCUGCACUGUAAAAAACAAUUUGUUGAGUCAACUUAAAAUAAUUUGUAACCUGGCUGCCUUAAAAUUUUAAGUUCAGUCAACUCAAAAAAAGUUUAUUCAACUUGAAAUGUUAAAUUAUACUAAGUGACAACUUAGAUAUUUGAGUUGAAUCAACUUAAAAUUUUAAGGCAGCUGGGUUACUUACCCAUCUGUUAAGUUUACCAAACACAAAUAUCUAAGUUGUUACUUAGUACAACCUAACAUUUCAAGUUGACUAAACUUAUUUUAGUUGACUGAACUUAAAAUUUUAAGCCAGCAGGGUAACAAAUUAUUUUAAGUUGACUCAACAAAUUGUGAUUUUUAUUUUUUACAGUGUGGGUAAAAAAUAUUAAAAAUGACCCAACAAGCUGAGUUGAGUUUUUUUUUUUUUUUUUUUUUUUUAGAGUUUAGCUUUCAAAAAAUCAAAUAAGCAAUAAACAUUUUUUUAAAGUCAGAAUUAGUUUAAAUAGCAUAUUGAGACGUUCAUUAAUGUUUUUCAUAAUUUCACCUCAGACAAUUACAGAGAUACACUGACCUAGUUCAAGUCACCACACAUUUCCUGUGUUGAUUUUUUUUUGAAGUACUUUUCUAGGUUUGAAAUCUGCUAAAUAUAGCCAAACCACAUGCUGUAAGGUUUGUCACAUAGAGCUGUGAAAACACAUUCUAGAUUCUAGUUGAGUGUGUUGUAUGCUGUGGGAGCGUGUUUAUGCGUUACGUGUUUAAUAUCAUUGUAUACCUUUAGACCAAAGCCGUCCCUAGAGAAUGUCCUCAGUGGCACUCGUACAACAACCUGUCUUGUGAUUUACAGUUCUGGAUAGAGCACAUGUUGUAUUUUCAUACAUCUUUAAUUUAUCUUCCUUUUCUCCUCCUGAAUUACAACUGAGCUCUGUAUUUUUAUAGUUCUAGAUGCUCUGUGGUUUUUCCCUUCCUAGUUUGCAUUAUUGUGAACUGUUUUAAGGACUGUGACAAGGUUGAAACUUGAGCUGCAAUUUCUAUGUUCGUUGCCAAGUGUUUUCAAGCUGUCGUUGUGUUUUCAAAUGUAUUUGGCCUUUGGAUUUGCUUCAUGUUAGUCAGUGGGUUUACAGUUUACAGCGUUUGCAUGGAGAACAGUCAGAAAUUCGGAACACUAAAAGACAUAAUUUCAGAAAGAAACUGACAUGCGAGUUUGUUUUAACAAUCUAUUUAGAAACAGAACCAAAGCAUAAACAAUUAAAAAUUAAUUAAAUUCAAAAGUCACAGCUUGAAGCAUUCAGACAGUAUUAAAAAUAAUAUCUGAUAUUGUUGCAUAAAUAAAAAAUACAGAAGAACAUACAAGCCUUUUUUUAAUGAGAUACACAGGACAUAAAUAUCUCACAAUACUCUAGUUUUCUAUUCAGGUUCUUUAACAAAUUAAAAGUGAAAGCUGAAACCACAACCUCAAUUUUUAAUACAUGUUGGUGUAUGUAAGGUCCUCUGUUGGAAAUAGAGAAACAGCUCACCAAUUGGCCUCCCUGCUGGAAUAAUUAUUUAGGAGGAGUCCGAGAUAUUGAGGAGUAACGUCAAGAAAAGCUGUGGCCAAAAGAGUUUUUAUGGUUUUGUUUACUAGUCAUAUUCUCAAACAACAUGUGACCGCAAAUUUAAUAUUCCCUGGGUGUGACAUGGUUUGAAAAAAAAAUGUCUUCUACCACAAGUAGUUUUCUACACUCUAAGCACUUUAAGGAGUUAGUACGUUCAAAGACUGUCCAGCUGAAUGUGAUGGUUUGAUCCCAUUGUAAUGGCCAAAUUGCGUGGUGUGUGCACAUCUUUGUAAGCUUCUAUGAUUAUGAUGUUUUGUGUAAACCUGUGAUUCAUCUGUGGUCUGAUUUCAAUAAACCACUUACUUAACCAUUUA